GGAGGGGGCGCCGGCAGCAGAGCGCCUGCGCGCGGGGGCGGCUGUUGGUUGGCCGGGGGCGCGAGACCGCGCCGGGAGCGGGGCUGGGUCUCCCGGGGUCGAGCGGUGUCCGGCCCGGCGGCGCCCCUCGGCCGCCCUCAUUAAAUCAUAUUUUCUGACAUUUGAAGAGCAAACAGCACCAUGGCUUCAUGAGUUGCAACACUGCAGGAAGUGUGGCAGACCUCCCUACCUCCAUCUUUCCUUCCGUGCUGUGACGUUCCUCUUGUGACCUUUGGUUUCAUCCCCACUGGGUGUGCAGUGGCCUGCCUCGGUGUCAGAGCAGAGAAAGCAGUUUGUGGAUCAGGGAGAGCCAUGGCCUUGAGCUUGCACAUUGUUCAUCUCUUCUAUAAGUUCAAAGUGUUGGUGCUUGCUGCUUUGUGUUUGAUGGUGCUGUGGGCCACAUUCAGUUACUUUGUGGACUCCAGACAGCAAAUUUCUAAAGCGAAGAGCAUGGUGGAGGAUUUCAGAAAGCUAACUAGCCUGGAGGACAUUCAAAAGGAAGAGAAGACUGAAUCAAUUGCACAUGUUCCUACAGUGAAAUCGUUUCAGGGUCACUGCCCAGCUCUGUCUCCAUACCUGCGAGGUGCCAGCAAACUCACCUUCAAAGCAUCUCUUACACUAGAGGAAGUGCAAAAGGAGAACCCUCAGGUAGCCAAGGGCCGGUAUCACCCUACAGAGUGCUCAGCAUUGCAGCAUGUGGCCAUCCUCAUCCCACACCGCAAUCGAGAGAAGCAUCUGCUGUACCUCCUGGAGCACCUCCACCCCUUCCUACAGAGGCAGCAGCUGGACUAUGGCAUCUAUGUUAUUCACCAGGCUGGCAGCACCAAAUUUAAUCGAGCUAAACUGCUGAAUGUAGGAUACCUAGAGGCCCUAAAAGAAGGAAACUGGGACUGUUUCAUUUUCCAUGAUGUGGAUCUGGUGCCAGAAAAUGACUUUAACAUUUACAUGUGUGACAGACAACCAAAGCACCUUGUAGUUGGCAGGAACAGUACUGGAUACAGGUUACGGUACCAGGGAUAUUUUGGAGGUGUAACUGCUCUAACAAGAGAUCAGUUUUCCAAGGUGAAUGGAUUCUCUAACAACUACUGGGGUUGGGGUGGAGAAGACGAUGACCUUCGAAUCAGGGUUGAGAUGCAGAAGAUGAGAGUGGUGAGGCCACCUGCUGAUGUAGGCAGGUACACGAUGAUCUUCCACAAACGAGACCAUGGUAAUGAGGAGAAUGGAGAGAGGAUGAAGCUUCUACGUCAGGUAUCUAGAACAUGGAAAACAGACGGGCUGAACUCCUGUUCAUAUAAGCUGCUCUCACUGGAACACAACCCCUUAUAUGUCAACAUCACCGUGGAUUUCAGCAUGGAGCCAAAGAUGUCAUAAGGGGGGAAGGCACAGCCGUGACUUCAACAGGCCAGUCUUUUUCUCCUUAGAAGCACAAGAAUACUUCAACUAUGAACUUACUGAGAAAAGCUAAUUUUUUCCAGCCUGGGGAAAAACUACUUAUGUGUGAGGGAAGGGUGAUAAUGGUAACAGGUGAAGAGAUGUUAAAAAUCUCUCAAUAAAUGCACCAUGUUGAAUUCCAAA